AGCUAUGUAAAUUGUACGUUAUUCGUUUCGCAACGGAGCCAGUGCCGACGUGACCUUACAUCCAAUAGGAUGUGUUGUGCGAUAGCAGAAUUAUCACAGUAAUAAUAAAUAACAACAUUGAAGGAAUAACAUAAAAAUCACAUUCCUAAUCGGUGCUGGAUAUACUUUUAUCACAAUCUUAUCAGUGAGCCAUUGGCACUCGAAGGUUGCCAAUGUUUUCAUUAGCAGAAACAUGUGGUUGGCGUGGAUCGUCUUAGCAAUACUCGGGAUCAAAGUGUUCAACAAGCUGACAUCGGGAAAAUGUUACGCGGACACCGUGAUGAGCGGUAAAGUGGUGGUGGUGACCGGCGCGAGCGGCGGCAUAGGGUUCGAAACAGCCCUGGAGCUGGCGAAGCGAGGGGCCAAAGUCAUAAUCGCGUGCCGAAACGAUAAGAAGGGCGAACGGGCAGUCAGGAUUAUAAAGAAAAUAACCAAAAACAAAAGAGUCCGACACAUACACCUGGAUUUGACCUCUCUAGCAUCGGUGAGGCAGUUCUGCCACGAAAUGAGCUCCACAGAAGCAAAACUAGACGUUCUGGUGAACAACGCGGGGGCUAUAUGCACUACGCGCGAACGCACCAGCGACGGCCUGUUGAAAGACAUGCAGAUAAACUAUUUCGGCCCGUUCUUGUUGACCAAUCUUCUGAUACCGAUGUUGAAAGCGGGCGCGCCCAGUCGGGUCGUAGUCGUGUCGUCGGCCUGGCAUAAGUUUGGGACCAUCGAUGGGAUAGACGACGAUAGAACCGGCUACAUACAGUCGUAUGCCAACAGUAAGCUGUGCAAUAUACUCUUCACCAAGGAGCUGGCCAGGCGGUUGAGGGACACCUGUAUAGUGGUCAAUUGCCUGAACCCGGGACAGGUGAACACGUCGCUAUAUAGAAGCUCCACGAUAUUGGAAAAGUUGAGGAGCGUUUUAUUGUAUUUCUUCUUCAAAACGCCGGCAGAGGGCGCUCAAACGUCCGUGUAUGUGGCGGUUUCCGAUGACUGCGAUUUGGUAACGGGCGGGUAUUUCGAAGACUGCAGGGAGGCGAGGCCGAGUGCGAAGGCUGAAGACGAAGUUCUAGCGAGAAAACUAUGGACGGUCACAGAGAGACUCGUGCAUUUGAAACCGGAUGAAUUGCGCGAGGUUUCGUCGUAGUUGAAAUAAUUAUAAUCAAUAGUCAUAAUGACCUGUGAAUGUUUAACUAUAAGAUUCA